AUGUCUUGCCAUAGUCUUAAGCCUAACAAGUUUCUCAAAAACUUAGAAAAUGAGACUAUGUCUGUCAAUGUUGGCGUUGGUGACUCGCGUCAAACCUUUACUGUUCACAAAACUAUACUUCAACAGUGUACUACUUACUUUGAGUCCAACAAACUAUUUUACACCGUGGCUGGACAGCAAGGAUUGGUCUUCUUCAAUGAUGAGAAUCCCAACGUCUUCAAACUUUUUGUUGAUUGGGCUUACAACGGAACCGUUCAAAAACCUCGAACCAAGAUAUACAUCAAAAGCAAACUAUCUCAGACAGAAUUCAACCGUCUCGAGUUAGAGCUACUCGCAGAGUUCAAUGGGAGCCUUAAAACUUUGGUCAGUUUGUACUCACUUGCCGAAAAAUGGGAAAUUCAUAACUUGAUGAACCGAACCAUCGAUGCCAUUCAAGAUGGCUAUCUUGAGUUUGGUACUGUCUUCGGACCUGGUCUUGCUGUUCAAAUUUGGCAAGAGACAAAGUUAGAUUCUACCCUGCGAGAAUUUUGUAUUGCAAGCACAGUUAUGCAUAUGGAUCGUGGUUGCACUAAACUUCGGCAAGAAGUGAUGAUGAAUUGCAUUCUUCUUCCUGGAUACUUCCAAGGCAUGCUUAGAUGA